AAGAAAGCUUGGCUUGACGUUGUUAUUAAGGUGCCUGAACGACGACAUUAUUGUUGCUGUCGUUUGAUUGAAGCAGCGGACGACAUCAUCACCUGCAAAGCAUUCUUAAACCCUCUACUUGAAAAUCCGAACCACGGCUAUGGAAACCAUCCACCGAUUCUCGCUUCGUCUCGGCCCGAUUUGUCUAGCUACCGCCCCGAUAUUUCUGAACUCCCGAAUCAUCUCUCUUUGAAUCCCGGACUUCCAAACCCGGAUCCAGUCUCCAACACCCAUUUCACGAUCCGGAAAAAGUUCAGCUCAACCUCUUCUCCCGUCGCCAAAGCCGGUUGGCUUCUGGGUCUCGGAGGAGAGAAGAAGAAGAGCAUCAGCAUGCCCGAUAUAGUGAAAGCAGGUGACCCGGUUUUGCACGAACCGGCCCGAGAUGUUGAGCCCGGGGAUAUUGGGUCGGAGAGGAUCCAGAAGAUAAUUGAGGAUAUGGUGAGGGUGAUGCGGAAGGCUCCCGGGGUCGGUCUUGCUGCUCCUCAGAUUGGAAUUCCCUUGAGGAUAAUAGUUUUGGAAGAUACAAAGGAAUAUAUCAGUUAUGCACCUAAGGAAGCCACUGCAGCUCAAGAUAGACGACCUUUUGAUCUUUUGGUGAUUCUUAAUCCGAAGCUUAAAAAGAAGAGCAACAAGACUGCAGUAUUCUUUGAAGGGUGCUUAAGUGUCGAUGGAUUCAGAGCAGUGGUGGAGCGAAACCUUGAUGUUGAGGUUUCAGGU